CAGCUACACCCCAAGAAACUUCGCACAGUCGAGUUUUGUCGGAUACCUUCUGUUCCCUAUCAUUCCGUUUUGAUUCUGGUCUGUAGGUGGUUGCUCUCCUGCCGAGAUACCAUUGUUUUUAUGCUAACAUUCUCUUUCACUUGCUGGGAUGUCUAUUGUGUGCGCUCUAGUUUAUAGGGACGCAGGGAUGCCGCAGAUGAUUACACCCGUCUGAGGAUCGCUGAUCUCGACCGAGACUAUCUCUCUCUCUCUAUUUCUCAGUACUGUUCUUACACCCCCGUCCUUCGCUAUGAGUUGUCUAGAUGUGAUGUAUCACCAGAGCUAUGGCUCGCACUAUCUCGCAGCGACUCCAGCGGCGGCAGCGGCAGCCUACAAAGCGGCGUACUAUCAGCACCAUCAUCAUCACCAACAGCAACAGAAGAAGCUGAGUGCGUACAGUAAGAUGCAAGAAUGUGUGGAACAGCAGUCUUUUGAGAGGCAGCGUGCUAGCCGAACGGCCGGGGAGCAAGGGGUCCGGAGGGGCCUUGAGGGACCAGGGGCUGAGGCUGGGACAGGGUCUGGGGAUGGAGCUGGUGCUGGGCCAGGGAAGGACAGCCACCCUCCGGAGUACCUGAGCUCCAGGUGUGUCCUGUUCACCUACUUCCAUGGAGACAUCGGAGACGUGGUGGAUGAACAUUUCUCCCGUGCUCUGAGUCAACCCAGUGCCUUCAGCGGGGAAACCAAGCCCACCAGGACCCACACAGCACCAGCCUCAGCAAGCAUCUGGAAAGAUGGCUUGUCUCUCUCAGACGGCCAGUGCAGCUCCUUCCCCUCCUCUGUGUGGAGUACGUCUUAUCCCUCCCAGCCCAGCCCCUGCCUCCCCUCCGUCUCCGUCUCCAUCCAUCCAGACUUCUCCCCCAGUCCUGCUACUUUCCACGCCCCAGACGGGGCACUCUGGGCAGGCCCCGCUCUCUCCCAGGCCAGCCUGCCCCCUCAGGCCUCCCUCCCCGAUGCCUGGUCUUACAGCCUCAGCCCCCAGACUUCAGCGAGCUACCCACACGUCCACGAGGUCUACCCCCAUCCCCACCAACAUCCCCACUCCCACCCCCACACGCAUGUGCACAGCCGUCACCCCCACCCGAUGUUACACUCUCACCCAGGCCAUGGCCCAGCCCUGGACCCCAGGUUCAGCCCGCUGUUGUUGCCCGGAGUUCGUCCCCAGAGCCAUAGCUCAGCCCACAGUCCUGGAUCCCACAGCUCACCUCACGGGGGGGCUCUGAAGACUGAGCUGGACCCAAGCAGCCCCAGCCCUGCCCCAGCCCCCUCCACUUGGCCCUCGACCCUCCAUGGAGCCCUGGAUGUCUACGAUUCAGUUGUGGAGCAGGAUAAAGUGAAGGGCUCAAUUUGGUUCUAAGAGGCAGCGGACCCAUCUCCCUGACUCAGAGCUGUGAUCGGCACAUCACCCAUGGGCCUGGAGCUGGAAUCCUGCCUGGAAACUUGACACAUUUCCUGGGAAUACAAGAAUUUUGUCAAGAAGAGAGACUCUGUCCUCAGCUCCUAGUGUUUUUGUCAUCGUGAUCCCAGCUCUGAGAUGUCUCUGGAGAGAUGCAGUCUUGUGAGGCCUGUCCACAGCUUUAGUUCUGUUUAAAGAACCUCAUUUUGUGGGAACACUGCUUACUUGCCUUGUUGUCCCCCUUUUUUUCUAAAAUGGUUUUGUGUAUAUGUUAUGUGUGUGCGUAUGUGUUCGUGUGUGUAAUUUGCUUGUGAUGUAUUUUGUGUUUACAGAUAUCAGGAGUUGUCGUAAGAUAAGUGUCACAUGCUAAAUUGAUGUCAAAUGCUCUUCUGUUAUUUUCCCUUGUGCUGAAGAAAAACAUACUGUAAAUAUUGAUAUCCAUAAUAAAUUGCUGAGUUCUAUGAGCAAA